AGACAAAGCGAGCUACGUGUCAGGAAAAGGAGAAUCAGCUAAAUGGGCGAAGGCGAUCAGGCCGCCGGAGCUCACCUGUUUGGAUUAUUCUGAAUCAUUUUAACCGCUCGCCUGGAGUUAUUUUUACCAUAGCAUUAAAAUUACGACUUGAGAUCUUAUCAAGAAACGAUGUUAACAAAAUUUGAGACGAAGUCAGCCCGUGUCAAAGGCCUGAGUUUCCAUCCCAAAAGGCCUUGGGUUCUUGCAAGUUUGCAUAAUGGGGUGAUCCAGCUGUGGGACUAUCGGAUGUGCACACUGAUUGACAAGUUUGAUGAGCAUGAUGGCCCCGUCAGAGGAAUUGAUUUCCAUAAACAGCAGCCGCUGUUUGUGUCUGGAGGAGAUGAUUACAAAAUCAAGGUGUGGAACUACAAGCUGAGACGAUGCCUCUUCACCCUUCUUGGACACCUCGACUACAUCAGGACCACCUUCUUCCACCAUGAGUACCCCUGGAUUCUGAGUGCCUCAGAUGAUCAGACCAUUCGCAUCUGGAACUGGCAGUCUAGGACCUGCGUCUGUGUGCUGACCGGCCACAACCACUAUGUGAUGUGUGCCCAGUUCCACCCAUCAGAGGACCUGGUGGUGUCUGCCAGUUUGGAUCAAACCGUGCGAGUGUGGGAUAUUUCUGGUCUGAGGAAGAAGAAUCUGUCUCCGGGUGCCGUGGAGACAGAGGUGCGAGGCAUCACUGGUGUCGACUUGUUUGGUGCAUCAGAUGCUGUUGUUAAGCAUGUCCUUGAGGGUCACGACCGUGGGGUUAACUGGGCGGCUUUCCAUCCCAGCAUGCCGCUUAUUGUGUCGGGAGCCGAUGACAGGCAGGUCAAGAUCUGGAGAAUGAACGAAUCAAAGGCUUGGGAGCUGGAUACAUGCCGUGGUCACUACAACAACGUGUCCUGUGCCGUCUUCCACCCCCGCCAGGAGCUCAUUCUGUCCAACUCCGAGGACAAGAGCAUCCGUGUGUGGGACAUGUCUAAGAGGACUGGAGUGCAGACCUUCCGCCGGGACCACGAUCGCUUCUGGGUGCUGGGAGCUCACCCAAACCUCAACCUGUUCGCUGCUGGUCAUGACAGCGGCAUGAUCGUGUUCAAACUGGAGCGUGAGCGCCCAGCAUAUGCUGUACAUGGCAACAUGCUUUACUAUGUCAAGGACCGCUUCCUUCGCCAGCUGGACUUCAACAGCAGCAAGGACACUGCUGUCAUGCAGCUUCGCAGUGGGUCCAAGUUCCCUGUGUUUAGCAUGUCAUACAACCCUGCUGAGAACGCCGUGCUGCUCUGCACUAGGGCGACCAACCUGGAGAACAGCACCUAUGACCUGUACUCUAUUCCCAAAGAGAGCGACUCUCAGAACCCAGAUGCACCUGAAGGGAAGAGGUCAUCUGGUCUAACUGCUGUCUGGGUGGCCAGGAACAGAUUUGCUGUUUUGGAUCGUAUGCACUCUCUGCUGAUCAAAAACCUGAAGAAUGAAAUUGUGAAGAAAGUUCAGGUGCCGAGCUGUGAGGAGAUCUUCUACGCCGGUACAGGCUCUCUGCUGCUGCGGGACGCUGACGGCGUUACUCUGUUCGACGUGCAGCAGAAACGCUCUCUGGCCACCGUCAAAAUCGCCAAAGUCAAGUACGUGGUGUGGAGCUCUGACACCAGCCACGUGGCCCUGCUGGCUAAACAUGCCAUCAUGAUCUGCAACCGUAAGCUGGAGAGUCUGUGCAACAUUCACGAGAACAUCCGAGUGAAGAGUGGAGCCUGGGACGAGAGCGGUGUCUUCAUCUACACCACCUCCAACCACAUCAAAUACGCCCUCACCUCUGGUGACCACGGCAUCAUCAGGACCCUGGACCUGCCCAUCUAUGUGACCCGUGUGAGAGGAAACAGCGUGUACUGCCUGGACAGAGAGUGCAGGCCCCGUGUCCUCACCAUUGACCCCACAGAGUACCGCUUCAAACUGGCCCUGGUCAACCGCAAAUAUGAUGAAGUGCUCCACAUGGUGCGUAAUGCUAAGCUGGUUGGCCAGUCCAUCAUCGCCUACCUGCAGAAGAAGGGCUACCCUGAAGUGGCUCUGCACUUUGUGAAAGAUGAGAAGACUCGCUUUAGUCUAGCUCUGGAGUGUGGGAACAUCGAGGUGGCUCUGGAGGCGGCCAAGGCCCUGGAUGAGCGCAGCUGCUGGGAGCGUCUGGGUGAAGCAGCACUGCUGCAGGGGCAUCACCAGGUAGUGGAAAUGUGCUACCAGAGGACCAAGAACUUUGACAAGCUUACAUUCCUCUACCUCAUCACUGGAAACCUGGCCAAGCUGAGGAAGAUGAUGAAGAUUGCUGAGAUCAGGAAGGACAUGAGUGGUCACUACCAGGCUGCUCUGUACCUGGGAGAUGUCAGUGAGAGGGUUCGCAUCCUGAAGAACUGUGGACAGAAGUCUCUGGCUUACCUGACUGCAGCCACACAUGGGCUGGAUGAAGAGGCUGAGGCGCUGAAGGAGACCUUCGACCCUGAGAAGGAGACGGUACCUGAAGUUGAUCCCAACGCUCAGUUGCUGCAGCCGCCUCCACCCAUCAACCCUCUGGACACCAACUGGCCUCUGCUCACUGUGUCAAAGGGCUUCUUUGAGGGAGCCAUUGCAGCAAAGGGUAAAGCUGGUCAGAUGGCUGCAGACUUGGACAUGGAUGCUACAGGAGCCGAGGGCUGGGGAGACGAUGCUGAGCUUCAGCUGGAUGAAGAUGGCUUCAUGGAUGCCCAGGAAGGAUUAGGGGAUGAAGGAGUGGGCAAAGAGGAGGGAGGAGGCUGGGAGGUGGAGGAGGACCUGGACCUUCCUCCAGAGCUGGACAUUCCGGCUGCAGGUGGAGGAGCAGAAGAUGGAUUCUUCGUUCCACCCACUAAGGGCAUGAGUCCUACUCAGAUGUGGUGCAACAACUCCCAGCUGCCAGUGGAUCACAUCCUGGCUGGCUCUUUUGAAACUGCUAUGAGACUGCUCCACGACCAGGUGGGAGUCGUGAACUUCGGCCCGUACAAGUCUCUGUUCAUGCAGACACUGUCCAGAGGCCGUACCUGUUACCUGGGGCUGCCCUCUCUUCCCUGCCUGCGUGGACAUCCCCAGAGAAACUGGAAGGACUGUGGAGCGAAACAAGGUCUGCCAGCUGUGGGCCUGCGUCUCUCUGACCUCAUUGCCCGCCUGCAGCAGUGCUACCAGUUGACCACAUCCGGGCGCUUUGAGGAAGCUGUAGAGCGCUUCAGAGCCAUUCUUCUGUCUGUGCCUCUGCUGGUGGUUGAUAACAAACAGGAGAUUGCAGAGGCUCAGCAGCUAAUCACGAUUUGCAGAGAGUACAUAGUGGGUCUGACCAUGGAGACAGAGAGGAAGAAGUUGCCUAAAGACACUCUGGAACAGCAGAAGAGGCUGUGUGAGAUGGCUGCUUACUUCACCCAUUGUAAUCUUCAACCGGUCCACAUGGUUUUGGUGUUACGCACAGCUCUGAAUCUCUUCUUCAAGCUGCGUAACUUCAAAACAGCUGCCAACUUUGCACGACGCCUGCUCGAGCUGGGGCCUAAGCCAGAUGUUGCGCAGCAGACACGCAAGAUUCUGGCUGCCUGUGAGAAGACUCUGACAGACGCACACCAGUUGAACUACGAUCCCCAUAAUCCAUUUGACCUGUGCGCAGCCUCCUUUGUUCCCCUGUACCGUGGACGUCCUGUUGAGAAGUGCCCUCUCUCUGGAGCCUGCUACUGUCCUACCUACAAAGGCCAGAUAUGCAGGGUCACACAGGUGACUGAGAUCGGUAAGGAUGUCAUCGGCCUGCGUGUAAGCCCACUGCAGUUCCGCUGAGAGGAAGCAGAGAAGACAAGGAGAAGAGAAACUCUGUUUAAACACUUCCACACCUACUCUAUAGAAUUAAAACGAUAAUAGACAUGAGAAAUAAAAGCAGAGAUAUAUAUUUGUGUUCCCACAGUGAUGUUAAACCACUUCAAUCCUUUAACUGUCUUAUUUCAUGCAUCAUCUAUCCUGCUAAAAGCUUUUUCUUGUACUGUCAUCUCUGUACUGUGGCUUUAUUGGAGCUGAAAACCUCACUGAUAUUUUUCCUGACUUGUAUGAGAUGAAUAAUUCAGUGUGAGCAGUACUGCUCAGUGUAUCUGGAUGAUAAAAUGACAAUGAUGACAAUAAAACGGCCUGUUUAUAAACGGAA